AUGGCUGUGAAUAGGUCUCUGUCUGCUACCGAAACAUGGAAUGGAGCGGCUGACCGUGUGUGUGAAUCUUCCUCCAAACUGCGCAGUGUGGCACAUGAGCUGUCUCAGCUCAGUCUGGAUGCUGGCGCACACGCGGCCGACCCUGCUGAGGAAACGGACCCUAACCUGAACCCUGGCCCAGACCUGAGUGCUGGACUCUGCUUUGCGGAUGGCAGAAGGAGAGUGGACUAUGUGUUGGUUUAUCACUGCAAGAGACGCCACUCUCAGCCUCGCCUCUCCAUCAUCUCCAAUGGCAGUGUGCCCUCCCCCAGCCCCACCCCUGCCCGCAGAAACACUCAGGCUGAGGUGGAGGGGGAGGGGCUUGAGCUGGGGCAGAAGGAGGGGCCUGGGGAGGGAAUGAAAGCUCUGAUCAGAGAGGAGUUUGAGAGAGGUCUUCAAGAAGAAGGACUGGAGAUUGAACGCGACAAAGAGCUGAGGUCCGUCAGAUUUACUCGACUUCAUGUUCCAUGGUCUGUCCUCAGCAGGGAAGCUGAGUUGCUCAAAAUCAGAGUUCCUACUAAGAAGAGCUAUGAGCUGAAGCAGAAGACAGGUGUUGCCGGGGCGAUAGGUUCAUUCUGGGAAAAACUCAAUCAGCCAUUUCAGCCUGGAGUCCCCCCCACACACACACACACCAGAGUCCUCUCUCAGCCGUUCAGCAGGGACAAACUUCAUCUGUUUGAUAUUAAGUCGAGGAGCAACCUGUUUGACAGUGCAACACGAGGCAGAAUUGUGUGUGAGAUUCUCCGGCGUACGGCUUGCACACAGACAUGCCAGACUAUGGGCAUUGCGUCAUUACUAGCAAAGGGAGUUUAUGACUCUGCCUUCCCACUCCAUGAUGGUGACUUUAACAGCUCGGAUAAUAAAGAGCAGCGCAAUGACCGACAGCUUUUACAUGAAGAGUGGGCCAAUUAUGGAGUUUUCUUCAAAUACCAGCCAGUGGAUCUCAUCAGGAGAUAUUUCGGCGAACAGAUAGGUCUGUACUUUGCCUGGUUGGGGGUUUACACUCAGCUCCUGAUCCCUGCUUCUGUUCUGGGAGUGCUGGUCUUCCUGUAUGGCUUCCUCACGGUGGACACCAACGUGCCUAGUCAGGAGCUAUGUGACAAGCAAUUGAACUUUACCAUGUGUCCCCUGUGUGACCGUGUAUGUGACUAUUGGCAGUUGAGCAGUGUGUGUAGCACAGCACGUGCCAGCUACCUGUUUGACAACCACGCCACUGUUGCGUUUGCUAUCUUUAUGUCCCUGUGGGCUGCUGUGUUUCUAGAGCAUUGGAAGAGGAGACAGAGAUGUCUGCAACACAGCUGGGACCUGACCAGCAUGGAAGAUGACGAGGCUAGAGCUGAGGAUGAGCUGCGACCAGCAUAUGAGGAUUUUCUCCUCCAGAAACGACAGAAGAGGAGCAAAAACAAGAAGAAGAAUGAGCCGGAUGGAGGCGCAGAUGACCGAGGCAAGGAGAGGCUGCUCUCAGCUAAAGGAGUCCAGUCACAGCUCCUCUCAGAGUCUCUGACGUGGAGGGACAGAUUUCCAGGAUACUGUAUAAAUGUUUCCUCUAUCCUUCUCAUGAUUGGUCUGACAUUCUCCGCUGUGUCUGGGGUCAUUCUGUAUCGCAUUAUCAUGUUCGCUGUUAUGUCGAUGAACCCUGACCACGAGGCCAAAGCCAACGUUCGUUUUACCAUCACCACCACAGCUGUCGUCAUCAACCUGCUGGUCGUACUGGUGUUGGAUGAGAUUUACGGAGCCGUUGCAGCUUGGAUCACCGAGCUGGAGAUUCCAAAGACAGAGGCGGCGUUUGAGGAGCAUCUGAUCCUGAAGGCCUUUCUGCUUAAGAGCAUGAAUUCUUUUGCUCCGGUCUUCUAUGUUGCCUUCUUUAAAGGCCGGUUUGCAGGUCGUCCAGGCGAUUAUGUUUAUGUCUUCAAAGAUUUUCGCAUGGAGGAGUGCGCACCUGGAGGAUGUCUUAUUGAAGUGUGUAUUCAGCUGGGCAUCAUUAUGCUGGGGAAACAACUCAUUCAGAACAAUGUGUUUGAAAUUGCCAUACCGAAGCUUAAGAAGAUGUACCGAGCGUAUAAAGAGGAGAAGGAGGGGGAGGUGGAGGUGACCGUGGAGGAGGGGGGGCGAGAGCGGCAGCGGUGGGAGAAAGAUUAUGAUUUGGAGCCGUAUGAAGGCCUUAGCCCCGAGUACAUGGAGAUGAUAAUCCAGUAUGGGUUUGUGACCUUGUUUGUGGCAUCCUUCCCAUUGGCUCCUGUCUUUGCUCUCCUGAAUAACGUCAUUGAGAUUCGGCUCGAUGCUGCAAAGUUUGUCACUGAGAUCCGAAGACCAGACGCUGUGCGGGCCAAGGAGAUUGGGAUAUGGUAUGACAUCCUGAGUGGCAUCAGCAAGUUUGCUGUCAUCACCAAUGCAUUUGUUAUCUCCUUUACAUCUGAGUUCAUUCCACGGUUGGUUUAUCAGUAUUUGUACAGUGAGACUGGAACCAUGCAUGGUUAUGUCAACCACACACUGGCUUAUUUCAACACCAGCAACUUCAAACCAGGCACUGCCCCCAAUGACACUGUGUUUGAUCGAGAGCUGCGCAUCUGCAGAUAUAAGGAUUACAGAGAUCCUCCGUGGUCUCCUGAGUCUUAUCAGUUGUCUAAGCAGUACUGGUCAGUGCUGGCUGCACGCUUGGCUUUUGUCAUCUUUUUCCAGAACUUUGCCAUGUUUCUCAGCAGGCUGGUAGCCUGGCUGAUUCCUGACGUGCCGCGGUCUCUGAAGGAGGAACUAAAGCGGGAGAAAGCUCUGCUGCUGGACCUCCUGCUGAGUGAGGAGAGGAGGCAAUGUGGCCAAUCACAGCAGCCCAGCAGCACCAACCUCAUCGUCAGGGGCCCAGGGGAUGAGGACCCUCGGCCCUUGGACGACAGCGCUGCAGCACAGAGCAACACCUCUGACCAGCAAGACAGCCAAUCAGAUGACAAACCUGACAGCCAGUCAUCCACUAAAUCAGGGAACCAAUCAGAGGAGGAGGAGGGGAAAAAAGAGGGAGAGGGUGUAGAUUCAGCCCCUGCAGACACGCCCAGUAAGCCCAAUGCUGAUAUGCACACACCGGAGGAGCAUGUCACACCCAUCUUCCCAAACUCUGCUUCUCAGUGCCGUGAAUUCGUCUUGGAUGGACCUCCACCACGUGAUCCUGACCGCAAGGUCAAAGGUCGUUGUCGGACUCUUCCACCCAGACAGUCAGGCCUGAGCUCCCCCAAAACCAGUCAUUCUACUAGUUACACACACCUCACACAGCCACGUCCACCAUCCAAACCUGAGCUCAGCCAAUCAGCAGUGCUGCCACGUCCCCCAUCCAAACCUGAGCUCAGCCAAUCAGCAGUGCUGUCACGUCCACCAUCCAAACCUGAGCUCAGCCAAUCAGCAGUGCUGCCACGUCCACCAUCCAAACCUGAGCUCAGCCAAUCAGCAGUGCUGCCGCGUCCCCCAUCCAAACCUGAGCUCAGCCAAUCAGCAGUGCUGCCACAUCCACCAUCCAAACCUGAGCUCAGCCAAUCAGCAGUGCUGCCACGUCCACCAUCCAAACCUGAGCUCAGCCAAUCAGCAGUGCUGUCACGUCCCCCAUCCAAACCUGAGCUCAGCCAAUCAGCAGUGCUGCCACAUCCACCAUCCAAACCUGAGCUCAGCCAAUCAGCAGUGCUGCCACGUCCACCAUCCAAACCUGAGCUUAGCCAAUCGGGAGUUUUGCCCCGCCCACCGUCAAAACCUGACAUUUUAGGGAAUGUGAGAGGCUCUCACACUUGUGAGUCUGACUUUAAGGUCAAAGGUCGCUGCCGAACCCUACCACCAAGACAAAAGGAGCAGCGGAAGCAGGAGGAGGAGUCCAAGCGGCUGGCCAACAAAUUGACUCAGUUGCAAGUAGGACAGCUCACAAAGAAUACCAGAGGCAAAAAGAAAGAGGAGCACAUCCAAGCACCUGUAGUGACAGCUAUACCACAAGUGCCAUCACCGCCUCAGACGCCCCCUGCUCCAGUGCUAAAUCAGCAGCAGCCAAUGCCACCGACACACAUGUAUCAACCUUCUACAGCCAUAAACCCAGCCAUGGCCUUACCAUCAGCCACACUCAUAAUCCAAGUGCACGUGAAUUCACCCCCUAUGGUUACAAGCCGUCAAGAGGACGGGGAAAACGACAAAGAGGAGGAUACAGAGGCCCGACACAAACGACAGCUGGGUACCCUCCACAGAACCAAGCAUACCCCCCACAGAACCAACAACCAGGACCACAGCCGUAUAAUGCCUGGCAAGCACAGCAGGGGCCAGCACAGCCUGGACAACAGCAGCCACAAGCCCCCACUCAAACAAGCAACGAAUUGUGUUGGGGAUGUAACCAAGUAG